AUGCCGCGCAGGAGCAGGUGGAUGCACCUGGUGGCCGGCGUCGUCGCCGGCGUCACCCUGGGCGUCUUCCUGAAGCUCUGCUUAAGGACGUCCACCAGGACUUCCAUACAGGCGUGCUCGGACGCGGCCAAGCUGUACGCGGAGCCGGACCCGCUGGCCACCAUCGGCCUGAGAGCCGACGAGACGGUGGAGAACUCGAACAGGACUCUAGUGUUCGUGGGUGUGAUGACGGCCGAGCAGUAUCUGGACUCGCGCGCGAGGGCCGUGUACGAAACGUGGGGCCAGGACCUGCCCGGCAGGAUAGCGUUCUUCAGCUCGGAGGUGUCCCGGGCGCCGGGGCUGCCGCUGGUGCCGCUGCGCUUCGUGGACGACAGCUACCCGCCGCAGAAGAAGUCGUUCCUCAUGCUGCUGUACAUGUACGAGAAGUACGGCGACCGGUUCGAGUGGUUCAUGCGCGCGGACGACGACGUGUACGUCAGGGGCGACAAGCUGGGCGAGUUCCUGCGCUCGGUGGACAGCAGGAAGCCGCAGUUCAUCGGGCAAGCGGGCCGCGGCACCGCCGCCGAGAGGGACGCCCUGGCUCUGGAGUACAACGAGAACUUCUGCAUGGGCGGGCCGGGGGUGCUGAUCUCGCGCGAGACCCUGCGCAGGGUCGCCCCCCACGUCAAGUACUGCCUGAAGCACCUGUACACCACGCACGAGGACGUGGAGCUGGGCCGCUGCGUGGCCAAGUUCGCCGGCGUCUCUUGCACCUGGAGCUACGAUGUGAGUAGUCUCCCAUUUCACUUGUGUAUGCACGUG